AUGCUUUCCCAAAUCCUGGUCCUGCUCUCUGCCUUGAGCGCAAGAUCACUUGCCAUUCCCUUCCCUUCCGCGAGUUUUGGAGCAGCAUUCUCUUCGAUGGAAAGUCCUCCUGCCGUUGCGUCUUCCGCUGUCAGUACCACUUCAUCGGCCACAGAGUCAUCCUUCACCGGGGUGUCCGUCGGUGCCGUCAACGCCGUCGUCUCCCCAAGUGGAGUAGACGUGUGCUCUCUCGACCAGAGCGAUCCAGCGUCAUGGGAACCGUCGGCAGCCACCAGCUUCAUGCAGAACUGGUUCGACGCCAACGGAACAGCCAACUGGCUCAACGCCAUGGACGACACCACCCAAAUCGACGGCUUCGACUCUGUCCUCGAUUGCAAGCCUCUAGGAGGGAAUACCUGCGCGGCUCCCAUCACCCCAUGCAAAGACUUCACACCACCGGUACUGCGACUCGUACGCAUCGCGGCCACCAAUGCUCACGACUUCUUCACAUUGGCACAUGAGCAACUCCAAGACACGACGAUUAGCGACAUCCUCUCCAUCGACCAGGUCAUUGCAGACUUUGCUCCUGAUCCGCCGGAGGCUGGAUUCAACUUCGUCAACGCCGUUGCUGCCGGGUUCUUCCUCGCAGGGCCUAUAGCAGGCAUAGCAGGCAAAGAAGGCCUCAGUUCAAUCCUGAACAUCGUCGGCGGAGCAUUGGGCUUUGCAAACGCCGUGAACCCUCCAGCAGAACCCAUCGACAGCACAGACGAAUGGCAGAGAGUUCUCAGCGACCAACUGGGCGCGACCUUCACAUCAGCCGCAGACGCAAUAGAAGGGAUCAACAGCAAACUCUUCGGGGGCGAUGCCGACUACGACCUGGACGGGCUAGUCUCGAGCCUCCGAUCCGCGGGCCUGGUGGAUACGACCGAGGGUCUCAACUCCAUCAGCACCAUCUUCGCCAGCGGCGCCUUCCUCGCCGACCAAGACGAGUCGAGCCUCACCGCCGGCCUCGACGCGGGCUUCGCACGGGUCAAGCAGAGCCUCGUCGCCGGUCUCAUGCGCGCGCAGAACUGGUACGUCUUCAUCAACACCCAGCUUUCGGAAGGCGAGUGUGGUGUGCUCGGCAGCCGGUUCAUCAAUAACGAGUGCAUGAUCCUGUCGAAGCGCAGCUCGAGCGAUGGCCGAGACACUGACCCGAUCCAUAGCGAUAUUUUGAGCAGGCUGGAUGGUGGUGAAGGGUACAAUAUCAAUGUGGCGGAGAUGUAUCAGAAUGCUGUGGACUGCAAUGGCGGGCGGCUGGAUACGAGCGUGAGUUUUGGAGCGGGCUUGCCGAAGUGUUUCUGGAGUUUGCCGAUUUUGCGGGUGGAUGGCGAGUUCGUUUGUGAUUUGAUACCAGAGGGGUUGGCUUCCGCUCAAGGGUAUGCAGCGGGGGUGCAGUUGACGGAGUCGGCGUGUUGA